AGUUAGACAAAAAGUGAUGCGACAUAAUAUACAAACUGUUGAUAUAAACAUGGUCACUUCCAGGCCCUUUUUGUAAAUCGGUUUUAAAAUUAUCGUUUUAUGGACUUUGAGUUACGUAUCUUAUACGUCUUUUUUAUUUUGUUUUCUUUAAUUCAUCAUUUAAAUUACUUAAAGUAGAGAAAUUUGUCAAUCAUUAGUUGGCAUUUUUUAAACUUUUUGCAUCUUUUAGUUGAGCAUGGAGGUAGAGAACAGUUAAAUCAUUUAUCAUAACCUAACUCUGCUUACGAUUUUUUGUGUUUUUAUGGUGUGAGUAUUUCAACGUGACCCUGGUGUUAUUACUAAAUAUUACUUCAAGAAUCAUGUUAUACAGGCAUUGAGGACUUUAUUUGGUGAGAUAGGAGCUACUCCUGACAUAGAUGUCAUCAAGUACGAUGAAAAGACCUGUAGAGCCAUUAUAAGGUGUCCAGCAUCUUCUUACAUAAAGCUGCGCUCUUCUCUCGCGCUUUGUGGGACGUAUUCCGGCGUGGAUUGCGCAUACAGGGUCCACAACGCAUCUGCAUGUCUUCUGUCACUGACCGGGAAUAGUAGAACCUACUCUCACCACUGUUGAAUCGCGGCUGCUCCAGCAUGUCGUAUUGUCGAAAAGAAGGCAAGGACACGAUCAUCUUCGCCACGGCGGAAGACCACAAGAUCCCGAGCUCCGUGUCGUUGCCCGAGCCCGAGCCGCAGCCGGGGCUGAUCCUGCCGAGCGGGGAGAUAAACUGGGGCUGCCCGUGCCUGGGGGGGAUGGCCACGGGGCCGUGCGGGGUGCAGUUCCGGGAAGCCUUCUCCUGCUUCCACUACAGCGAGGCGGAGCCCAAGGGCAGCGACUGCUACGAGGUGUUCAAGACGAUGCAGGAGUGCAUGUCCAAGUAUCCCUCGCUCUACAACAAGGACGACGACGGUGACCUGCCCGGCGAGGGGAAGGGGGACAGUGCCGCGGGGGAGGAGACUUCGGUGCCCGCCCUGGGGAAGAGCGAGACGGACCUCAAACCAAUGUAGAAGUGCUAGUGGUAACAACUGACUUCGAUGCAACUAGUCAUAAUAAGAGGUAGUUAGUAACUUAUAAGAACAGUACAUCUGCUGUUUGUAUUGAGCUGCAAUACAAAAUUUUAAUGGCUCCAGGCAUUCGCUUUGUGUACUAAUGAUUUAUUAAAAAGCAAUUGAUAUUUUCUUUA